CUCUGCUGUGAGAAGGGCGGCCAGGAGAGGCAACAGCAGCACAAGGCAACUUGAUGUUAUUUUUUUUACCUCGUUGGAUUCCUUCUCAUUUACUGCGAUCACACAGGCUGACACAACUUGCCCGCUGUUCCCGAAGCACCUGCACCCGAGGCGUUCUCUGCUGAAGGACGACAAGAAAUAUUAUUUUGAGGGUAGGGAGGGGGAAAAAAAAAAGAGAAAAUGAGUGCUUGGUUCAGCAGUUUGGUGGCCACGGUGUUAGUGCUUCUGGUGUGGAGGGUGGAACAGAUCGCCGAGGCGUGUAGCUGUGCACCGAUCCAUCCGCAGCAGGCGGUGUGUAACGCCAAUGUUGUGAUCAGGGCAAAAGUCGUUGCACAUACAGAAGUGAGUACUGGAGCCGACACCUAUGGAAACCCCAUCCAGAAGAUCCAGUAUGAGAUCAAACAGAUUAAGAUGUUCAAAGGGCCAGAGACCACUAUCGAAAAUAUUUUCACUGCCCCAUCUUCAGCAAUAUGUGGAGUCACACUCGAGAAAAAAGAAUAUCUAAUUACAGGCAAACUGGAUGAGGAAGGAAAGAUGUUAAUCACACUCUGUGAUUUUAUUUCCCCAUGGGACCAGCUAACUCCCAUGCAGAAGAAAAGCUUGAACCAGAGAUACCAAACAGAAUGCGAUUGUAAGAUUGUCAGGUGUGCAUCAGCUCCCUGCUACAUCAACUCUCGGAGUGAGUGCCUGUGGACAGAUUGGAUAACUGAGAAAGAAAUUCACGGCACGCAGGCCAAGAACUAUGCAUGCAUUAAGAGGACCAACAAUUCCUGCGCGUGGUACAGUGGUGCAUUGCAGCCCAAGAAAGAGUUCAUGGAUGCAGAAGAUCCAUAACUUUAUUUUGCCCCACUCUCAUUUCAGCCGAAAAUACACCCCCCCAAAAAAAUUGUUGUCUAUAAUCUGAAAAAAAUGUAACCCAAAUUACUCUGUCCAGUAUAGCAGAUCUGUUUGCUUACUGUCUGGUGAUACCUGUACGUAAUAUGGCAUAUACUUAUAUUUCACAUUUGGCGUCAGCUGCACAGUGACUGCAUUUCUCUGGCUAAAAAUAGAAAUGCACUUUUGUUUGUUACGGAAAGCUGCAGUGUUGAAAAUAUUUGGUACAAGCCUGAAUGUGUUUAAAGUGAGGAUUGAUUCCUCAAUUUUGUAAGUGUUUUUACCCCUCUUGAAUACUCAGAAUAAAACCUUUGCAUUUGUGUUCAAACAUGAUUCUUUCCCCAUUUUUUUCACUUUAGGAAAUGCUUUUGAUUUUUUGCAGAUUUGGGACUAUUCUUGAUCUAAUUUAAUAACCUUGUUGCAGUAACUUAACAAUACUGCAGUUUUAGAUUUUGCCUGAUGGAGAUACACGUUGCAAGCUGAAAAUGAUAAUCCAUGCUGAGAGUCUUAAUAUUUAUUCCUUUUUGCAAUCUAAUAACUUCCUUACUUAUAGUUGUCACGAUAAUAUUUAGUGAUGAAAAUAUUAACCCAAUAUGAGCCAUGAUAUUGAUUAUCAUUUGGGCUAUAAUUGUAUUUUGUUUUAUGAUAAUCUUUAAUGAGUAAUUGAGUUGAUUAGUAAGGGUGGCAAGGGUUAUGGGGAGACGGCAGGAGAAUGGGGUUGAGAGGGAUAGACAGAUCAGCCAUGAUUGAAUGGCAGAGUAGACUUGAUGGGCCAAAUGACCCAAUUCUGCUCCCAGAACUUGUGAGGUUUUCCAUGCUGUAUGACUCUAAGUACUUCUGUACAUCAAGUUAUUUUAUUGUGGGCGGGUAACUACUACUCAUUAUACCUGGCAAUAUUCUUAAUUCAUGCAGGACACUGCUUUAUUCAGAGUUACAUUUCUCUCUUUUCCCACUGUGAUUCCUCGGCUCUCUAAUGGUCAAAUGUCCCAAGGUAUUUCACAGAAACGUUAUGGUUCAGAUUUGACAGGUGGCCAAAAAAAAGGAGCUAUGAGGAUAUGACCAAAGACAUAGUCAGAAGGUGGUGAAUCUGUAUAAUUCUUUGCCACAGAAAGGCUGUGGAGGUCCAGUCAGUGGAUAUUUUUAAGGCAGAGAUAGAUAGAUUGAUUCUUGAUUAGUACGGGUGUCAGGGGUUAUGGGAGAAGGCAGUAGAAUGGUGUUAGGAUGGAGAGAUAGAUCAGCCAUGAUUGAAUGGCGGAGUAGACUUGAUGGGCCAAAUGGCCUAAUUCUACUCCUAUUCCUCAUGACAUAACAUAGUUCAAGAAGAGACUGGGAGAAAGAGAGAGAGCUAAAGAGGCAGGGAGAUUUAGAAAAUGAAUUCCAUAUCUUAGGUCGUUAGGAGAGCAAUCCUCAGUGAUGAAUAUAUCCUCGUGACUCUAAGUUAUGAGGGUUGUUUUCCUCUCCAUUCAGUGUUUUUAACUGGGAGCUGUUCUUGCUCUGGAGAUCAAUGAUUGCUGAAAACAACAAAGCAAUUGAACAAACUAAGGUGCUUCCAAUCAAACAAGCAAAAAAAUGAUUGUUACCCAACCAAAAUAUAACCUAGAUUCCUGGAGUAUAAAACUAGCAUUUCACUGAUGGCAGGUAGACAAAAAAUGCUAGAGUAACUCAGCGGGAAAGACAGCAUCUAUGGAGAGAAGGAAUGGGUGGCAUUUCGGGUGGUGUCUCUCCAGAGAUGCUGCCUGCCCUGUUGAGUUACUCCAGCUUUUUGUGCCUAUCUGCAGUUCCUUCCUACAUAUUUAACUAAUGACAUUGUCCAGUGGUCUGCUCCUGUCCAGAUGCUCCUUGCAUCUCAUGACUUUUGGUAAGAUCUAUAUCAAAUUCGUAAUUUGCAAAGAAGGUGUACAUAAGAUUAUUAAGGAUUUGGACACGCUAGAGGCAGGAAACAUGUUCCCGAUGUUGGGGGAGUCCAGAACCAGGGGCCACAGUUUGAGAAUAAGGGGUAAGCCAUUUAGAACGUAGACGAGGAAACACUUUUUCACACAGAGAGUUGUGAGUCUGUGGAAUUCUCUGCCUCAGAGGGCGGUGGAGGCCAGUUCUCUGGAUACUUUCAAGAGAGAACUAGAUAGAGCUCUUAAAAUUAGCGGAGUCAGGGGAUAUGGGGAGAAGGCAGGAAUGGGGUACUGAUUGGGGAUGAUCAGCCAUGAUCAAAUUGAAUGGCGGUGCUGGCUCGAAGGGCCGAAUGGCCUACUCCUGCGCCUAUUGUUUAUUGUCUAUAUUCCUCAGAAUUCUUAAAUGACAGUUAGUUGUGGGUUUUUGCGGGGUGCAGCUCUCUAAAGUCUUAUUGAGUUCUGAGAUCUUUUUGUUGACUCCUCUGGAAUCCCCUGGAGAGGUGUGGAAAAGGGAAGCAUUCACAAACUGAACUUCUGCUCCACAUUCCGAGCAGGGAAUAUCCUCAUCUUCCAUGGUAAUGAAAUAAAAGGGAUUUAUUGGUCCACAUUGUGGACUAUUCCAUCCGAUGGCAGAAUCUAGAACAAUAAUCCUGGAGCUCAAAUCUGGUUGUUCAUAAAAGUAAUUAGGAAACACCACAUCACAAAAGGUAAUGGAAGAUUGUAAUUCUCCAAAAGGCCGUUGGAUGUUGGGUCAAUUGAAGGGUUUAUUUUUUUUUAGUUGACAUGGAUGAGGAAUAUGUGAAACGCUGGAUAAGUGAUGUUUAGUUUAGAGAUCCGGCAGAAAUAAAGUUAGGUAAAGUAGAUAGAAUCGGUGAGGAGGUUGGAAGUCUGAAAUAAAAAUAAAUAAUGUUGGAAAUACAUGGAAGAGCAGAGAAUGGCACCUGUGCAGAAAGGAAUAAAAGGUUUAAAGCUAUAUUUAAGAGGGAGUUAGAUGUGGCCCUUGUGCCUAAGGGGAUCAGGGGGUAUGGAGAGUAGACAGAUACGGGAUACUGAGUUGGAUGAUCAGCCAUGAUCAUAUUGAAUGGCGGUGCAGGCUCGAAGGGCCGAAUGGCCUACUCCUGCACCUAAUUUCUAUGUUUCUAUGUCCACAAAGCAAUUGCAGUGCCUUCCCUCACACCCACCCGGAAUAAAAUUCUGACCUGUUCACAGAUGUUUCCUGACUUACUGGGUGUAUUUUUUUUAAUAUAAAUGUGAUUAGCACAUUCUUUGGAAAGGCUGGAAAUGUAAAGAAACGCCUUUUGAUUUCGCAAAUUAAGUGUGUCCUUUGAAAGCGCAGUAUUCAAUCAAUUCUCAGCAUCGUGCGUUUAUCGAUAGUUGGGGGGGGGGGUGGACGUGAUUUUGGAUGCGGAGGCAUUCAUUGGGGAGAAAUUCCUCGCAUGUCAGGAAGCCGAUCUUCAGGUCCAGAAACAGGGGUCACGCAGUUUAAGAAUAAGGAGUAGACUAUUUAGGACUGAGAUGAGGAAAAACCUUUUUCACCCAGAGACUUGUGAAUCUGUGGAAUUCUCUGCCACAGAAGGCAGUGGAGGCCAAUUCACUGGAUGUUUUCAAAAGAUUUAGCUCUUGGGGUAAAUGGAAUCGAGGGAUAUGGGGAAAAAGUAGGAACGGGGAACUGAUUUUUUUAUGAUCAGCCAUGACCAUAUUGAAUGGCGGUGCAGGCUCGAAGGGCUGAAUGGCCUACUCCUGCACCUAUUUUCUAUGUUUCUAUGUUUCACGUGGGCAGGACAGGAAAUGGGGAUUGUCUUGUUCCCAAAUUCCAGGAGGACAUUUAAAAAAACUUAAGGAAGCUGCAAUCUUUUUUAUUUAACCCAUAUUGCAGAUGUCAUUGUUGGUAGGCAGAUUUUCCCAUGCCUUCCAGAUUUAUGCAAGUUUGGCAAGUGGAUCUCUGUGGUACCUCCUCGGGCAAAGUCUGCUUCCCUUGUAACACCAAAUUUCUCUGGAAGCACCCACCUGCUCCCCAAAGAGGUUCUUGAAUCAGACAACACACCCUAGGCUUGAGAUUGGGUCUGCUGUUCCUGCAGACUGCUCCAAGUUAUUUUUCCAGUCUGUUAGCUGGAUUGAUACCUUCACAGUGAACUCACCAGGGUUAAAAGACUUUUGGCAAUGUGUAAGGAAAUAUUGACCGUCCUUCCCAACACUGUCCCUGGCGUUAUGCGGAGAAGGCAGGAGAAUGGGGAUGAGAGGGAAAGAUAGAUUGAAUGGCGGAGUAGACUUGAUGGGCCGAAUGGCCUAAUUCUGAUCCUAUAACUUAUGAACUCCCUCCAACAUCCCUGACCAUCUCCAAUGCAAUGCUCAUUAGUAAAUAUCCUAGUGUUGGAAAUGAAACAUUUGAAAAUUCAGCUCAAAGGAAUAUUAAUACGACUUUUAUUUGUCACAUUUGUCAAUGCCUGUUACAUUAUUUAGCGGCUUUAUAUAUGUAUGAAAAGAAUCUGUUUUCUAACAUGGAAAUAUCACUGCUCGUACAGCUGCCUUGUAAAUACCUCGUGAAUAUUUCUUUCUUAAUUAACAAAUCCUUUAAUUAUUAUCAAUAACAAAGAUGAGCUUUAUUAACACCAUGGAUAGAAUGUCACAUACCAAAAGUUAUUUUUCUACAUUCUUGAAGUAUCUUUGUACCUAAUGCCCGCGCACUAAGAUCUGAUCUACUUCUUCUGUAAUUCUUCUAAGUUUUAUUAAUAGAAUGUUUAAGUUAUAAUUAUUUUAAAGCUAAGCCUUUUGAGUAAUAAGUGUUCUAAAAAAUUGCUGCCAUAAUUUAAGGCUUUGAUAUUUUUGCAAUGAUUGUUCGAAGAUUAAAACAAAGGUCAGAGACUUGCAAUUUGAUCUGUGAGGAUAUGAAAGGAUGUGAGCAACAUUUGGCGCAUGUGGUUACUCUGUAUAAUUCAUGUAGUAAAUUCCAUGUGGACUGAAUUCAUGGAAUUAAAAACUGUAUUAUCAAAUAAAGAUUUAUUACUAUAUGUUA